CAAGAACAAGAGAAACAACAAUUGCACAGCAGCCAACAAACCAACAACAGCGAAAGCGAACAACAAAAGCGCCCUGAGUGCUUAGUCGCGCUCGAAUCGAGCACGCACGCCACCCGGCAGCCCCACCAUCCAGCACCCAACCCCUUAGUCCGUCAGCAUCCCGUAGCAUCAGAAUCAACAUCCUCGCAGGGCGCGGACGCCCCACGGUGAGCUCUCACAUUCGUGACCUGCCUUUAGCACAUCGGCGGCGACAAAGGCGAAAGUGACGAUGGCUGCAUAUGCGCAGUUUGGAUAUGGAUACCCGUCGGCAAAUCAGGUACAUGAGGGAACGUCGGCUGCGGCUUCGGCAUCGGCAUCGGCAUCGGCUGGGGGUAGUCAGAGUGGUCUUGUUGGAACAUCGGGUUCAGUGCCUUCGCCCUUAUCUGGCACAAAUGACGCUUCACUCAGCCCCUCGGCUGGCUCGACUACAACAGCAACAGGCAUAACAGGCCCCGUUAGUCCAGGUGCAAUUUCGCAAUCAUCCAACAAUGCGGGCCCGACAGUCUCUGCCAUAUCACCAGCGGAUGCAGAUGCAGUAAGGAGCGAUGUUAUGACAGGCGCCGCAGAAACGGAUGCCGAACGUGCCGGCAUAGCUAUUCAAAGCCGAAUUGAUAGUUCAAUGCCGUGCUGUGAAAACGGACGCCUGAUUAUCACGGAUCCCGUCUCGGGACACACUGUUUGCUCGUGUCAGUAUGAUUCGGGGCGCCUGUCGCUUGGUGGAUAUUCCCGGAUAUCGAUACCGCCAGCUGGAGUGGGUGUGUAUGGAGGACCUUACCCCUCCAAUGAGCAAAAUCCUUACCCGAGCAUUGGUGUGGACAAUUCGGCCUUCUAUACGCCUCUGAACAAUCCAUAUGGCAUUAAGGACACCAGCUCCACUUCCGAUAUAAGCGCGUGGGGUCCAGCUGGCCUGCAAUCGACCAGCGGCUAUUAUUCCUAUGAUCCGACUUUGGCCGCUUAUGGUUAUGGGUCUAACUAUGAUCUAGCUUCGCGACGAAAGAACGCCACACGAGAGUCAACGGCAACCUUAAAGGCGUGGCUGAAUGAGCACAAGAAGAACCCAUAUCCGACCAAAGGCGAAAAAAUUAUGCUGGCCAUUAUAACAAAGAUGACACUUACGCAGGUCUCAACGUGGUUCGCGAAUGCUCGGCGUCGACUGAAAAAAGAAAACAAGAUGACAUGGGAACCAAAGAACAAAACGGAAGAUGAUGACGACGCAUUAAUGUCAGAAGACGAAAAGGAAAAAGAAUCUGUUGAAGGUACAAAGCUACUAGACAGCGACACAUUCGAUACAAAAAAUCAUCGAAUUAAGUCUGAGCUUGCAAAGACAGAAAGAGAUCUGGAUAUUGAGGAUAAGAUCGACGCUGAGCCGCAGAAUUUACUUGCCAUGCGAGGUCUAACACCAUAUGGUACUCCCGGCUUCAGUCCACACCCGGCACACGCAUACAGUCCCUAUGCACACACGCAUAACCAACAGAACAAUCAGCACCAACAUCACAAUCCGCAUCCGCACCCGCACCCGCACCCGCACCCGCAUCCCCACUCGCAGCAACAGCAACAUCAUGCCCAACAGGAGCAGCAGCAUCAACCUGCCACACCCGCAUAUUAUAAUCCUGGCUACGGUCAGAGUCAUGCCCCAGGGGCUGAAAGUGGAAGCGAUUAUGGCCUUCAAAAAAACCAGCUGAGCAGAGACUGUGGCAUACCAGUUCCGGCGUGCAAGCCGAAGAUCUGGAGUGUGGCCGACACAGCCGCCUGCAAGACACCACCGCCAUUGGCAUAUCUCGGCCAGAAUUCGUUCUAUCCACAAGUACAGCUGCCAGAUCCGUUGGCUCAUCUGAGUACGGAACAGCAGGCCUCGCAGUCAAGCAGCAUGACUAUGGGGCCUCAAGUCGAGCUCGGUUCGCCGCUGAGUAUGAUGAGCAACUACGCCGCCGCAUCGCCAUAUUCGCGAAUACCUACAGUGUACACCGAGGCCAUGGGGAUACAUAUCGGAGCAAGAUCGACCAACCCCAAGAGCCCUAUCAAUAUGCACCGAGACAUGAGCCAGUCUUAUCCUCAUCAGCAGAGAGUGGGGUUUUCCGAGAUCCAGCCGGACACCCCGCCGCAGACACCCCCAAAUAUGAAGGUGAACGGCCAGAGCAAUCCCAGCACUACCAGUACCAUCAGUACCAGCAGCACCUCUGCGCUACACUGCAGCCCCACCGGAGUACCAAUGACUUCGAUGGCUUCAAUGCUCUACAACAGUCAUCUGUACGCAAAUAUUAGUAAUAGCAAUAGCAAUAGCUACAUAACAAGCGGUCGAUCUAAUUCAUAAGGACUUUGACGGAUUUGGAUGCCCUUCUACUAUGUAUCUAUUUCCAUGUAGAUGCCGAUACCAAAUAUUUUAAGGAAACAGGCCUAAGCGGACUAGUGCAAACAUCGUUGACAUUGCACGGAUGUAUCAGCGAUAGCGAUAAUCACACUAAUUAUUAUGCAAUAAAUGUAUUUUAAGUACGGCAAUAAAACUUUAUUUCUUACUCUUUA